AUGCCUACUGAGAUCCCCUCGCCGCCUGGUAUUCCCAUUCUGGGUAAUGUGUUCGAUGUCGACCCCAAUAACACCUGGACCUCGUUGAACAAGCUGGCCGCUCAAUAUGGCCCAAUUUUUAAGAUCAAUGUGCUGGGUCACCAGAUCGUGUUUGUUGGCAGCGUCGCCCUUCUAGAAGAGAUUUGCGACCAGACCCGAUUCCGAAAGUGUGUGACGGGCCCCGUGGUCGAGAUCAGGUAUUCAGUUCACGACAGUCUGUUCACCGCGUACGAGGGCGAGAAGAGCUGGGGCAUCGCCCAUCGUAUUAUGUACCCGCACGUCACCCAGGAAGCAACCGAUGUCGCGUUCAACGACAUGGCCGAAGUGAUUCCCGACUUGACUAAGAAAUGGAGCGCCAAUCCCAAGCAAAAAGUUAAGGCGUCUGACGACUUGGAUCUUAUUCUGUUGGCGUCCUGUAUGAAGUGUUUCUUCAAUCAACGUGUCCACGUUCUGGAGAAGGGCGAGGAAGCCACCAAGGGUUGGGGUAUGGUACAGGGCUGGGAAGGUGCUACAAUGGAGGCGCUGAAGCGCCCUACUCGUCCCAAAGUUCUCAACUGGCUGUACCAGAGCCGCUUCUCCAGCCUCACCAAGACUAUGCGCUCGUACGCCAAGGACAUCGUCAACAGCCGCAAGAACAACCCCGAACAAUCCCGCAAGGACAUGCUGGAUGCGAUCAUCAACGGUGUUGACCCCGAGAGCGGCGAGAAGCUUAAUGACUCCCAAAUGCUCGACGAGGUCAUCAACAUCUUCAUCGGCGCCGCCACUGCCGCCAAUCUGCUCUCUUACGCCAUCUACUACCUGAUCAAGAACCCUGAAGCACACAAGAAGGCCUGCGAGGAGAUUGACUCCGUCGUCGGAGACGGUCCCAUCGACCUCGUUCACCUGAAGCAACUUCACUACGUGGAAGCCUGCCUCCGCGAAACCAUCCGUCUCUCCGCCACAGCCCCAGGCUUCAAUAUCGAGCCAAUCCCCUCCGACAGCAAGGCACCCAUUUUGCUCGCUGGUGGCGAGUACCAAAUUCCACACAACCAGCCCAUGAUCGCCGUCCUCAGCGCCGUCAAUCGCGACAAGUCCGUCUUCGGCGAAGACUCUGAAGAAUUCCGCCCCGAGCGCGUAAUAGGCGACAAAUGGGAUAAGCUCCCCACCGCCGCUAAGAAGGGCUUCGGUAACGGCAAGCGCGAGUGCAUUGGAAAACUUUGGGCGUGGCAAUGGUCGUUCUUCACCCUCGCGAACAUCAUCAAGGAAAACACCUUUGAGUUCGCGGAUAAGGACUACGAAUUGCAUGCCAAUGGCGCGUUCAGCAUCAAGCCGUUAGACUUCUGGAUUCUGAUGAGCAAGCGCCAGAAGUAG